AUGGAUUGGGGUAAGCCACUCAAUUGGACGGAGAUUACCUGGAGUUGUGCUGAAUACUGGCCAACGGAGUCCGAUGCUUUUCUUGCUGUCGUUGCGUUCGCUGGGUUUCUUAUGAACAUUGGGCUUGUCUGUCAUUUCUACAAGGAUCGCAAAAAUGGGACCGCGUUCUUGGAACACAUGGCGACCUGCGACGCUGUGCUCAUCUUUCUGUACCUUUACAUGUACUUUGGAACCAGUUGCAUCAUGUAUAAUCGUCAUGAUUUUUUUGGGAAAUUGCACAUCGAGCUGCAAACCGUCGUCAAGAUCUUCUACGAAUUCUAUGAGAUGAAUUUGACAUUUGCCAUGUUUCUCAUUAUGAUGGAAAGAUUCCUCUGGACUUGUUCAUCUAAAACUCGCUUCCACUGGACAAUGUUCACCUAUGGAAAACACAAGUACUACCUGGUAUUCGUCACAUCCACGUACAUUCUGGUCGUUCUUGGUAUCACCUACUUUAAACCGAUGAAAUUCUCCCCAGUCCCAUUCUGUGACAUGGCACUCAAACCCACAUUAUACGAGGAUGCUUUCUUGCGUCUGCUCCAAGAUACCAUAUUUCCCUUGGUCUACGCCUACGCACAUAUUGCUACGUUUAUUCUUGCUAUUGUCACACUUUUCCGGAUCACAAGAGUCGGGGAAGGAGAGAAACCGUUGGAUCAGGAGGAGAUUAACCUGGCGAAUCAAACAGGAGGAGUACCAUUAAGACUAACCACCGGUAGAAUCAAGCGCUCAAUCCUCUGUAUGCUGUUCAUCUACCUAAUGUUCUUCUUCCGCGCAUUCUGCUACUACCUUUUCGUCGACCCCCAAACCUCCAACAUGUUCGAUGGAGAUGUUGGCUCGGGAAUUCUAAAAUACUGGUCCUACGAUUUUAUGAAUGUGGUGUUCUCGGGAUCCAGAGCAAUCGUCUAUGUGGUUUUCUGCCGCAACCAAAUGGUCGUCGAGUUCCCGCCGUAUGGACUUGGGCGUUAA